AUGCGGCGGCGUGGUCUGCAGUACUUUGUGUUAGCACUGAUUGAUGUCGAAGCGAACUAUAUGAUCGUGUACGCAUACCAAUUCACGAAUCUCACCAGUGUACAGCUACUCGACUGUUCUACAAUUCCAAUGGUAUUGCUGCUCUCCUGGCUAUUUCUCUCGGUUCGGUAUCUAAUUUCACACAUUAUAGGCACUCAUCGUGUUGUCGGCGAUCUCUUGUGUCUGGGCGGUUCAAUGCUGUACGCUAUUGCGAACGUUUCUGAAGAGUUUCUUGUGAAACAGCACAGUCGAAUGGAAUACCUCGGCAUGGUUGGACUAUUCGGAUCGCUGAUCUCGGGUGUACAACUGGCUGUCCUGGAGCACAAGAAUUUGGCCCAGAUGGACUGGAGCGCAGCCACGAUAGGCUGCUUCAUUCUAUUUGCGCUGUCGAUGUUUACCUUUUACUCGCUUGUCACUAUCGUGCUGCAGAAGACGUCCGCGUUGAUGUUCAACCUUGCCACACUCACUGCUGAUUUCUAUUCACUUCUUUUCGGACUCUUUCUAUUUAAGGACUCGUUCCACUACCUCUACUUUGUAUCGUUCGUGGUUGUCGUUACAGGCUCAGUAAUCUACUCGAUAAGGGAAACUCAGGUAAGAUAUCUCAACAUUUGA